AACAGAACUACUAACAGAAUCGGCGUAAUGAUACACCACAGAGGGUAGCUGGUCUGGUUGAGUCUAUUCUCUCUAUAACUUUCCCGUUCUUCGCAGUGCACACCACUGAACAGCUCAAGCCUUAGAUCAAUGAACCAUUUGUUCGGAUGGAGAAGGAUUGCCAGACUGAUGUUCAUGCUGCUAUAUUUUGUCAUUGAUGUGCUCUGUGCUUCCCAGCAAACAGUCCAGUCUGAGACUCAGCACGUAAAAGGUGUCGUGGGACAGUCUUUCUCUUUUCCAGAGAGGGUGAUCAAGUCUGGCAAUUUACUUUAUGGAGACCUUGGCACUAUUGCAAAUGUGUACCCUGGUAAAGAAGGCAAAAUCACCCUUGAGAAGAGAUUUGAAAACCGCCUCCACUUGAACAAUGUUACAAGAUACUUCACCCUGUCAGACCUUCAGAUAAACGAUGCUGGGGUUUAUACUGUGGAGAAUACAGAAGGAGAAAAAAAUAAAAAUAAGUUUGAGCUCACUGUAUACAACGUUGUUUCCAAACCUCAGGUGACGGAGUGUGACAGCAGUUCCUGUAGUGUGGUGUGUUCUGUCGACAACGAAAAAGAGGUGACAUUGACCUUGUACAGGGGAGAGGAAAUACUAAACCAGACCAGCAGUCCUAACCUCACCACCGAUCUAUCUCUCCGUUUGGAGGUAGAGGGAAAGAACUACAACUCCACCUACAGCUGUGUGGCUGCUAACCCUAUCAGCAAUGAGACAGUUCAUGUCCCAAUAUGUUGCAGCGAAGAUGGUCAUCCUAAUGAUGCAGACAGUGAUGAGAGGACUCGGGGUAUGCUUAUUAUUGCUGUAAUCUGUGUUUUGGUUGCCUCAGGACUGGUUGGACUUGCAAUCUAUCUAAAGAAGAGUAUAAAUGGACACUCACAAGAUUCAUCUGAAAGAGUGAAAGGUGAUGUUCAGUAUGCAACGAUAACUCCUAAAAAACGAACAGAUAAUCAGGAGGAGCGAACCAGUAUACCACAACUGGAGUCACGUAGAGACAACCCUGAACUGACAUCAGUUUAUGAUACACUCCUGUUACAUCGCAUGGCUGAAAGCAGAGAUGUUGACACAGCAUGAAGGAGGAAAAUGGGAAGUCAAUGAGAGGCCGACAUGACAACUCACAUCCUGGAGAGGACGGUAUAUCAUAAAGAGGACGUUGAAACAAAAUGAAAGUAAAAAAUAUAUUCACCCAGAAAACCUUUUAGAGGCACAGUUGUUAUGGGAGAAAACCUGUUGCGCUGAUAUAAUUUCAAGCUUUCUUUGUAGGACAUUCUCACAGACCUUCUUUCAAAGAGCUGUCUCAAUGACAUCCACUGAUACGGACCAAUUCAAUAGCUAUGCAUUGAGUUAGUAGCAGGAUCAAGAUAAUCCUUCUUUUCAAGGGUAUUUUGUCCCAAAUCCCAAUGUAUAGUUUAAAACAAUUGGAACCUAUCUUUUAAUCCAAUUCACUAGUGUGUUUGCUAUGCUACUGCUGGGUGUCACGAUCGUUGACUGAAGACACGGACCAAGGCGCAGCGUGAUAGAAGAUCCCACCAAGACUAGUGCAAAA